AUGGAGGAAAUGAGCUCGACUUGCGGCAUCUCUUAUCUCAGUUCACUCGAACUGGUUAAGGAAUUGGGGGCAAAGGAGUUUCAUGGUAGUGUUGAUCCUGCUGAGGCUGAUGCUUGGCUUACAGAUGUCGAGCGAGUAUUUGAAGUUCUCCAGUGCCCUGAUGGAGAUAGGGUUCACCUGGCCACCUUACUUCUGAAGGGGAAUGCCUAUCACUGGUGGAAGACAGUCCGCAGAGGGUAUGCUAACCCUGCUGCCCUUACUUGGGAGGAGUUUCAGAGGGCAUUCUUCGAUCAGUUUUACCCAAGUCCGAGUUUCUGCAUCUGA